AUGGGUAAAAGAAAAGAAGAUUGUUGGGCAAUCGACAUUUGGAGUCUCUUAAGAGACUACAGUUCAAAUGUAGAGGUUGGCGAUGUCAAGUUCAAACUUGAACCUCAAGGUAGUAAGAUAGUUGGUCACGAACAUAUGAUGCCAGUCUUUUCACCGAAAGCAUUGAAGGAUAUUGGUGGAGAAGUCAAUGGUAAGCUAUAUGGCCAAGUGCAACCUCCUGUUUUCGAAUUAGACAAGAAGUUCAGAGAUUACCUUCGAUUCGAAUGGGAAAGAGCAUUAUCGAUUCCGAGCAAUGCCGUUAGGUCUGUCUUCAGCCCCCAGAGUAUUUACAGAGUUAUUGAAACCGGUAAUCGCGUCACUAAGAAGAAAAGGUAUAAAAAUAAUUAUUUAUCUCGACGACAUGUUAAUAAUUGGAAACUCGCCUAUUCAGUGUUUGGUUUUUGUUUUGAUAAUAUGAAAUUACACCCUUGA